AUGCAAGUUGCGUUGAACAUUUUGCUUUUCCUCGCCGGCUUCUCAAUUGCAACAUUUCUUGCGUUGAGGCCCAAGAAAGCCAGGGAAGAUGUGGAAAGACUGACGAGUAACCUUCGCCAUUACUCCGAUGGAUUCAUACAAAACCUCAGCAAGAAAGAGCAGAGCUGUGGCGAAGAAGGUCUAGUUGUGAGCAAUGAGGCAACAAAUCUUCUCACAAAGGAACAAAUCGAGGAGAUGUACGACAUGAACGCAUGGCAACGAACCGUCUACGAAGAAUUCAAAACGACCAUCUUAGCCAAAGGCAAAGGUUUCAAUACAUUUCCUUGCAUCUACGCCACAAUGGGAUAUCGAAGCGGGGACCACCGCUACGUUUUCCUUCAUUCCGACGACCCAUCAGAACCUCGAAAUAUACGUCUCAUUGGACCAGCACUAAAGAGUUACCUUCGACUAUCACGCUCUCUCGGACCCAACACCAGCCUGGUGAUCAUGGGUGCUCCAACCGAAGGCGAACAAAGAACCGUGGAAGAAUACAACCACAAUUUCUGGGAGAUGCUUCGAGGAUUGAGAAUCUGGGAUGCAGUCCCAUGGCCCGCAGACGUACCGCAAGAUACCGAGAGUGCGAAGUGGGCAUUCUGCUUCGAUGGCGAGCCUUUAUUCCCCGUAGCACUCACUCCUGCUCAUCAGAAGAGAUGGUCAAGACAUGCGCCUGUGCCGCUCGUGGCAUUACAGCCCAAAUGGGUACUCGACAAUCUUCUCUCGACGCCGGAGAAGCGGGCUUCUGCGACGGGCAAGGUCAGGACUUUGCUUGCUCAGUAUGAUCAAACUGAGAUCAGUCCAGAUUUGACGCAGUAUGGCGAGGUUGGAACGAGCGAGGUCCAUCAGCUUUGUUUGAGAGACGAGAAUACCACCGUGGAGUGUCCCUAUGGUGAUUUCGACAAGGGAGGCCCUUCGCCUGCAUCCUCAAGACGAGCAUCGAGAGAGUAUGAAUGA